AGAAGGUGCUGCAUCUCACCUGAGACCCUGGCCAGGCCUGCACAGCUGUACAAGUCCACGCUACAGGAAGCUUUCAUGACUCCGGAAGACAUCAGGGCAACAUGCUUCACAAGAACAUGAUUCCUGGCUGCCUGUCACAGUGCGACUGCUUGCCGUAGCAGAGUGACGAAUGGUGGGCGUGGUUACGUCAGAGGAGGAAGGACCAUUGCAGCAGCAGCAGAAGCAGCUACGGCGCAGCAGACGGCCCAUGGAGUGAACCCAAAACAGCAGGCAUAGCGUCUGCUAAACGCACCAGUGACACGCGAAAAUUAAUCAGAAACACGAAAGGACCGUUUUCAGCGUGAGACGAGAGUAUUUAAAACGCACAGAUGUGGAUAACUCCGGAGGAGGUGUUGCUUGCAAACGCUCUUUGGGUGAGCGAAAGGGCGAACCCCUUCUUCAUUCUUCAGAGAAGAAAGGGACACGGGAAAGGAGGGGGCAUCACUGGCUUGCUGGUUGGGACCCUGGACGUGGUCUUGGACUCCAGCGCCAGGGUCGCCCCUUACCGGAUUCUGCACCAGACGGGGGAAUCGCAGAUCUACUGGAGCAUCGCCUGCGGCUCCUCCCGUAAGGAGAUCACAGUACACUGGGAAUGGCUGGAGGCCAACCUGCUCCAGACCCUCUCCAUCUUUGACAAUGAGGAGGAUAUCACCACCUUUGUACGGGGGAAAAUCCAGGGGAUCAUAGCAGAAGAGAACAAGAGCAAGCUGCAGGCAGAAGACGAGGAUUCUGGGAAGUUCCGCGAGGCGGAGCUGAAGAUGCGGAAGCUGUUCGGCAUGCCGGACGAGGAGAAGCUGGUCAACUACUACUCCUGCAGCUACUGGAAGGGGCGGGUCCCCCGCCAGGGCUGGGUCUACCUGAGCGUCAAUCACCUCUGCUUCUACUCCUUCCUGCUGGGCAAGGAAGUGACGCUGGUGGUGCAGUGGACGGACGUGACCCUGCUGGAGAAGAACGCCACGCUGCUCUUCCCGGAGAGCAUUCGGGUGAGCACGCGGGACACGGAGCACUUCUUCUCCAUGUUCCUCAACAUCAACGACACCUUCAAGCUGAUGGAGCAGCUGGCCAACAUCGCCAUGCGGCAGCUGCUGGACAACGAGGGCUUCGCCGCCGACCGCUCCCUGCCCAAGCCCUGCAAGACCCUCAAGAACGUCUCCGCCCUCAAGAGGGACUUUGACGCCCGGGCGAAGAACGAGCGGUACCGCGCCAUGUUCCGGCUGACCCAGGACGAGCGGCUGGACGGGCACACGGACUGCACGCUCUGGACGCCCUUCGCCAAGAUGCACGUGGUCGGCCAGAUGUUUGUGUCCAACAAUUACAUCUGCUUCGCCAGCAGAGAGGAAGACCUGUGUCACCUAAUCAUCCCUCUGAGAGAGGUGUCCAUUGUGGAGAAGGCGGACAGCAGCAGUGUUCUGCCCAGUCCGCUGUCCAUCAGCACGAAGAACAAGAUGACCUUCCUGUUCGCCAACCUGAAGGACCGGGACUUCCUGGUGCAGCGCAUCUCCGACUUCCUGCAGCGUACGCCCGACAGACUGUGGAGCGACGGCAAGGAGCUGCCUGAGUCUCCGAGCCCCACCUCGCCCUUCCUGUCGACCUCCCCGGCCCCAGGGGAGAGCCCCCCCAGCAGGCAGUACCAGUCCAGCCUGCCCACCGCCACCCAGGGCCUGCUGAGCAUCUUUCGCAAGGGCGCGCCCGAGGACCUGGGGCCCAAAGCUACGAAGGAGAAGAUGAAGGAGGAGUCGUGGAACAUCCACUUCUUUGAGUUUGGACGCGGCGUCUGCAUGUACCGCACCUCCAAGACCCGGGAACUGGUGCUCAAUGGCAUUCCAGAGAACCUGCGUGGGGAGCUAUGGCUCCUCUUCUCAGGUGCGGAGAACGAGAUGGCGACCCACCCCGGGUACUACGGCGAGCUGGUGGAGCAGGCGAUGGGACACUGCUCGCUGGCCACGGAGGAGAUCGAGCGCGACCUCCACCGCUCCAUGCCCGAGCACCACGCCUUCCAGAACGAGAUGGGCAUCGCCGCGCUCCGUCGGGUCCUCACCGCCUACGCCUACCGCAACCCGGGCAUCGGGUACUGCCAGGCGAUGAACAUCGUCACCUCGGUGCUGCUGCUGUACUGCACGGAGGAGCAGGCCUUCUGGCUGCUGGUGGCUCUGUGUGAGCGGAUGCUGCCGGACUACUACAACACCAGGGUGGUGGGCGCGCUGGUGGACCAGGGCGUGUUCGAGGAGCUGACGCGGGAGUGUCUCCCGCUGCUGUACGAGCACAUGCAGGAGCUGGGCGUCAUCUCCACCAUCUCGCUGUCCUGGUUCCUCACCCUCUUCCUCAGCGUCAUGCCCUUCGACAGCGCCGUCCUGGUGGUGGACUGCUUCUUCUACGAGGGCAUCAAGCUCAUCUUCCAGGUGUCCCUGGCCGUGCUGCACGCCAACAUGGACCAGCUGCUGGCCUGCCACGACGAGGGCGAGGCCAUGACCAUCCUGGGCAGGUACCUGGACAACGUUGUGAACAAGCAGACUGCGUCCCCGCCCAUCCCCCACCUCCACGCCCUGCUGACCAGCGGGGACGAGCCGCCGCCCGAGAUCGACGUGUUCGAGCUAAUCAAAGCUUCUUAUGAGAAGUUCGGCAGUCUGCGAGCGGACGUCAUCGAGCAGAUGCGGUUCAAGCAGAGGUUAAAGGUCAUACAGUCGCUGGAGGACACUGCCAAAAGGAGUGUGGUCAGGGCUAUCAUGACAGACUCUGCCUUCACCAUCGAGGAGUUGGAGGAGCUGUAUGUUCUCUUUAAGGCGAAGCACAUCAUGAGCUGCUACUGGGGCGCCAGCUCCAGCGCGGCGGAGCGCCACGACCCCAGCCUGCCGUACCUGGAGCAGUACCGCAUCGACAUGGGCCAGUUCAUCCAGCUGUUCGCCGCCCUGGCGCCCUGGGCCUGCGGCAUGCACACGCCCGCCCUGUCCGCCCGCCUCUUCCGCCUGCUCGACCACAACAAGGACGGCCUCAUCAACUUCAAGGAGUUUGUCACCGGACUGAGUGGGAUGUACCAUGGAGACAUGACUGAGAAACUGAAGCUGCUCUACAAAAUGCACCUGCCUCCAGGUAACCAGGAGAAACAGCUGUCGCUCAGAAACACACAGUUCUUUACUGAUGACAGUACCCCACAGGAUCCUCCCUUCCUGUCUGCUGUGGACUUCCUGCUGCAGGAAGUGGCCUCAGGAGAGGAGGUAAAGGUAGCAGAGCUGGGAGACGACUUGGGGAAUGGGAACCCAGAGGAGAAGAAAGAAGAGAAAGUGAAGGACUACAAGUAUUAUUUGAGGAUGUGGGCCAAAGAGAAGGAACCCAAGAAGGAGACAAUCAAAGACCUGCCAAGGAUGAACCAGGAGCAGUUUAUCGAGCUGUGUAAGACCCUGUACAACAUGUUCAGCGAGGACCCGUUGGAGCAGGAGCUGUACCACGCUAUCGCCACCGUCGCUAGCCUGCUACUGCGAAUCGGCGAGGUGGGGAAGCGGUUCAGCAACAACGGCGCCAAGAAGGCCGACAACCAUGCCACCGCCACCACCACCACCGCCAUGGCUGCGGCCUGCCACCCCGAGCCGCCCCAGCCCGAAAAAGAGCUCCCGAUGGGGGAGGGAAGCCCAGGACAGGCCCAGGUCUGCAAGGCCCUGGAGGAGGCGCAGCUGGAGGCCCCCGUCCUGCCCACCUCGGACGAGGAGGCGAAGGACGACACCUCGGUCUCCUCCUACUCCAUGGUGAGCGCGGGCUCCCUGCAGUGCGAGGACAUCGCCGACGACACGGUGCUGAUUGGCUGCGGGGACCAGCGGCGCUGCAGCGUACCGGACGUCGAUUGGUCCAUCACCUUCGAGCAGAUCCUGGCCUCCCUGCUGACGGAGCCCCCCCUGGUGGACUACUUCGAGAAGAAGCAGGACAUCCGCUCCAAGAUGGCCGCCUGCAAGGCCCAGCGGGCCGUGGAGCGCCAGGUCAGCACCUCCAGCGAGCACGAGGUCUCCCUGCUGUCCGGCUGACCCCUGGACCGGCCGUCCCAAACUCUCUCCAUCUUUGGGGAUGACCCCCCAGGUCAGACUCGGGGUCCACCAUGCACCCGAGCCACCUCUCAUAAUCCCCCCUCACUGCACCCUGAGGACCCCAGACUCUCUUUGUAUCUUCCCUCUUCGUGUUCCUUCUUUUUUAUUUUCUGAAAGAAAGAUCUAUAAAUGUAUAUAUAUAGGAAAUGUAUCUACCCGAAUAGCCUAAGAAAGAGCAUUAAUGUAUGAACACAGCAUAUUUAUGUAACGGUGUGGGACCUCCCCUCCAUACAUCACAAGUUCCAGAUCCACGUCAUUUCAACCCUGAGAAUAUCAACCACCCAUGCCCCCCUUUAAAGAUGCCUUUCUAUUGGUUCACUCUGUGGCUCCUAACACUAUAAUUGGCCAUUACCCAAGGAUAUGAUGCGUUGGGUGGGUGGUGGGGGGAGUUACGCUUCUAGUGCUUCUUUGUAUGAGCUGAGUUGUGUCUGCCUUGUCUGGCCAGAGCAGAGUGAAGAAUCUAAGCCUUAAAGAAUAAUAGCAGAUGGUUGUUCUAGUGUACCGUGUGGGUUUGGACUCACGCAGCACGCUGAAGCGGAAAUGGUAAGCUGAACAUGUUGAGUAAGGACAGCACAUGGGCUGAUCAAUCUGGCAACCCGCUAGUCUUAUCAGUACUGUUUUUUUUUUUGGUUUUUACAUUUUCAGAACUAGCUGUCUGAAACUACCUCUUCAGGUUUUCCGUUCUUUUAAAACCGUUUACUCCACUUUUCCUCCCCUGAGUUUCUGUGAAUUGGGGCGCGGGUCAGAAUCCAUCGCUCGCUCUUGUCGGGGUGAGAGGAGAGGUCCCAGGUGUACGGGGGUUUUGGCGAGUGGCGCACCCGUUUCGGUGUGGUGUGCGACUGGCCUGUGUGGUUCACCCACGGUUCGGACAGUUCAAAGCGGUUCACGUUUCGGCAAGCUGUGUUCACGAAUGGACUGUGUUUCUCUUAUUUAGUUUUGGAAUCAUUCACACUUGUACUAGACUGUCAGUUAAAUCGCACACACAGCAUGUCGCUGCUCACCUUCACAAACCCAGGCAAAUCCCUUUUGCUUGUCGCUAAAUGGCUUAACUUUUCCUUCGUAUUGUUGUUAAUUUUGUUUUACAGUCUGCUCUGCCCGUUUCUCUUAAAUAAGGCUAAUGUGUUAAAGGUUUGAACCGUGGACAAAGCAUUCUGUAGACUGAAGCAUUUGUAUACAUAGGCAAAAGCCAUCUUCAGUAUCAUAAACAUACAAUUUUGUUCAAGUAUAUCUGUCAUUUUUUAGGUUUAAAGCUGUAAUUUCCUGAACAUCAUAUUUUAUUAUAUACAUUCUUUAAAGCCUGACUGUAAUUAGCUUCCAUUUCUCCAAGUUGUUAGUGCCAGUCUAUCUAGAGAUUAAAGGGAAGUCGCAGAUAUGAUUCAGAAUGUUUUUUUUUUUUUUGUUCGUUUUUGUUUUUUUAAACAUACAGGUCAAUAUGGAGGAUGCUAAGAUUCAGAUUGAAGUUCACGUCCAGGGCCAGUGGACGUCUGUUACUGUGUUUAACUGUGUUGUAUGUACACGGGCCGUAUUCACUGUCCGUGGGUUUGGGGUUUCUCAAAGGUCUCGCGCUGACUUGGUGGAUAUUGCAGAACACAGUGGGCGACCCGCAGUGGUCUAGACUCCUCGUUCACUAAACCCUGUUUCGCUGUGAAAUGAGUCUCAUGCUGGGUGGCUGGCAAACCCAGAGCCAGGGGACUUAACCAUUUUAGUACUGUUUCACACGUUGAGUAUAUUAAUAUUUUGAGAGGCAUAAAGUCAGAGAAUACAGCUUUCACUUUUUUUUUUUUUUUUUUUUUUACCCAACAGUGUUUUCCUGUUUUUUCACCCUAUAUUCAAGGUUUGCUCGUUGGAGGGGAAAACGUAGAUAAAGCACAGAAUAGCAUUAGAAACCUCAGUGUAGUUGACCGGUGGCUUCUAGAAGCAACACAUAGUUUAGGGACUACAGUGAAGAAUACUGGAAGCCGGACUUUACCCGCCCUGUGAAUUUCGUGUGACUGUCGAUUAAAAGGUCCCGCCCAUCGCCGCGCGUCUGUGCCGUCUGUCCGCCAUCUGUGUGUCUCGAUAUUCGCGUGGGCGUUCCUCGCCUUGCUUUUUCCGCUCGUGCUAAACGGGGACCCUGUGCGAACAGCACUAAAAUCACGUCCGUCGUCGUAGAGCACCGCUCAACAAGCGUAGCAUUGUGACCGUGGUGAGAAUACUAAUGUUAAAUUAUAUUAUUUCCGUCUGCAGGCUAACGUGAAACACUAACGGGGGGGAAAUAGCUUCUGGUUUUAAACUGCAAAGCCUAGCGUAUUGGUGUCAUUCAGAAAUGCCUUCCAUUCAGUCUGACCUGUCUUAGCUCCUGUGCGAUGUCCACAUUUGAGGCACGUGAUUUUUCCAGACCACCUGACUGUCAUAAUUUAUUUACACAUAUUUGUUCAGUGCUAAUAUGCCAUUUUUAACUGUCCUUGAUAUCUGCUGUAUUAAAUCUAUAUUAUGUAAUAAAUACAGAUACAGAAUAAA